GCAUCGUUUAGUACAAGCGUGUGUUCCUGCAAAAAUGCCGGAUCCAGCAAAAUCUGCUCCUGCGCCUAAAAAAGGUUCUAAAAAAGCUGUCACGAAAGUGCAGAAGAAGGACGGCAAGAAGCGCAAGCGCAGCCGCAAGGAAAGCUAUUCCGUUUACGUGUAUAAAGUGCUGAAACAGGUGCACCCGGACACCGGCAUUUCGUCCAAAGCUAUGGGCAUCAUGAAUUCCUUCGUCAAUGAUAUCUUCGAGCGCAUUGCUGGGGAAGCGUCGCGCCUGGCGCAUUACAACAAGCGCUCGACCAUUACUUCCCGAGAGAUCCAGACGGCGGUGCGCCUGCUGCUGCCCGGCGAGCUGGCCAAGCACGCCGUGUCCGAGGGCACCAAGGCGGUCACCAAGUACACCAGCUCCAAGUAAGGGCGCUCAAAGGACGAAAUCGAACAUCUA